UCGUCUCCGUCUCUCUCUGUGUGUGCGUUCAUAUUUUCAUUCGCAAGUAACUCGUACCGUCCUCGUUUGAACGUGCGCUCUGAAUUUUAAUUUGAAUCCAAAUUCGCAUUUAAAUUGUGGUUCACAUCGAAAAAAUAAACCAACAGCGUGGAAAGGUAACGAAUCGCCGUGGGAAUACCAAACAAUAACAAAUCGCAGAAAAGCAAUAAACUAAAGCUGAACACCCGAACCAGACCGCCGCCAUUUAUCGUCAUCGUCGUCGUCUAUAAAGAUAGCAAUAAUUGCCUUUGAUAAUGACGUUGGCCAUCAGGUGGACGCUGGAAUAGUUGGGAAUGCAACAGUUACCGCAGCCAAGCAUCAGUUGGAGCAUUUGAAUACAAUGCGCGAAGCGCUUUUCUCUCAGGAUGGCUGGGGAUGCCAGCACGUUAAUCAGGACACCAACUGGGAGGUGCCCAGUUCGCCCGAGCCGGCCAACAAGGAUCCUAGUGGGCCGCCUAUGUGGAAGCCCAGCAUAAAUAAUGGAACAGACCUCUGGGAAUCCAAUUUAAGAAAUGGAGGCCAGCCAACAGCCCAGCAGCAAGUCCCGAAACCAUCUUGGGGCCACACGCCCUCAUCCAAUCUGGGUGGCACUUGGGGCGAGGACGAUGACGGAGCCGAUAGCAGCAAUGUUUGGACCGGUGGCGGUGGAAGUGCUGGCGCCAUGACCAGUGCUGCUGGUUCUGGUCCUGGAGCUGCUAUUGUCGGCGUCAAUCCUUCUGGUGUUAAUGUUGGCAUUGGCGGAUCCGUUGGUGCAUCCGGCGGUGGCCCUCAAUGGGGAUUGACAUCAACUGGUAAUAAUAGUACUGGCACCAGUGGAGGAGGAGCCUUGCCUGUGGUAACACCAGGAUGCGGAGCCGGAUCAGGAAAUAUAAGCGGAGGUGGAGGUGGAGCUGUUGCUGGAGGUGGCACAAAUGCUGGUAGCGCCGGUAAUGGUUGGGGAGAUCCACGCGAAAUUCGUCCGUUGCCUGGAGGAGUAGGUGGUGGAGGGGGUCAAAUGGACAUUAGAAAUGUUGAUCAUCGCGAUGCAAUGCGAGGCGCUGGUGGUAGCAGUGCUCCCUCCGGGGACCCACGUGACAUGCGGAUGAUUGAUCCGCGUGAUCCGAUUCGGGGAGAUCCCCGUGGUAUAUCGGGACGACUUAAUGGAACAUCCGAAAUGUGGGGACAUCAUCCGCAAAUAUCCCACAAUCAAAUGCAAAGCAUUAAUAAAAUGGUGGGUCAAGUUGUUGGAGCUGCUGGAUCAAGUGUGGGAGUUGGAUCUGCACCAGGGCCUGGGGGGCCUGGCCCUGGUGGUCCAGCUGGCAUUGGCUCUGCCGGGGUCCCUGGGACAGGAGUAUCUAGCAAUAUUGGAACACAAUGGGGUGCCAAUCAAUCAGUCGGAGGUCCUAAGGAUAUUUCCAAGCAAAUUAGCAGCGGAUGGGAGGAACCAUCGCCUCCACCACAGCGACGCAAUAUUCCAAACUAUGAUGACGGUACUUCACUCUGGGGUCAACAGCCAGCUCGGGUUCCUGGGGGCGGUGGAGGUCACUGGAAGGACAUGUCAGAGCCGAUGAACCGCAACCAUUUGAUUCGUGGUCAAAAUCAGUCGGUUGGCAUUGGUAUUGGUGGCAAUGUACCAGUUGGCGGGGGUAACCCCAACAAUCCUAUGACCAGCGUCGUUGGUCCGCAAGCUCGGCUCACAUCGGUGGGGGGUGUUGGUGUUGGUGGCGUGCCGCACAAACAGGACGGCGGCACCAUGUGGGUCCAUCCUAAUAAUAGCGGCGGUGGUAGAAAUCCAGUUAACGUUGCCGGAUGGGGGGACGAUAGCCAUAACGUGGGCGUGACUGGAAGUGUAUCAGUUUCUGGUAGCAACUGGCAAGUAGAUGACAAAGCUAGUGCCAAUUCGUGGAGCGACGCACCCGCUGCAGGGGUUGGUGGCUGGGGUGCUAAACAGUCAAAAUUGUCAACAACGAAUGCCAACUCCUCUGGAUGGAGCACCGGCGCGGUGUUGGGCGACGGUAGUGAACUGACCUCUGACUGGAGUUCCCAUGCCGGCAUUGUGGGAAAACCACAACAGCAGCAACAGAAGCUUGCUGGCCUUAAUGUGGGCGUUGGAGUCGGUGUGGGAGGGAUGGUUAACAUGAAUGUGCUUAACACGGACAUGAUUAAGCAGAGCAAGCAAUAUCGCAUUCUGGUCGAAAAUGGAUUCAAGAAGGAAGACGUGGAACGCGCCUUGGUCAGUGCCAACAUGAACAUCGAGGAGGCAGCUGAAAUGCUUCGGGCCAAUGCCAACUCUACCUUAGCCAUGGAAGGUUGGCGUCGUCACGAAGAGUCACUUGGGUCGUAUGGCGAUCACUCUAAUCCGGGUGGCGCUGGGGGAUUCGCUACUGGACGCUAUCCAGUUGGCGGUGGAGCACAACCUUCGAUGUCAUUCCCUCCGAAUAAUCUUAUGAAUGCUGGAGGAGCCGGUUCCAGCGGAGUUGGAGGCGGUGGCAAUAAUCCCAACGUAUCCGCCUUACAGGUUCAAAAGUAUUUAUCCAGUCAGCAGGGACCUCAUGGAGUCGCUUCUUCGUCUGCGUCCGCUGUAUCAGUUGGAUUUGGUCAGGGUUCGGGAAAUGCGGCGCAGACAGUCAAUAUUGCCGCAGCGAACACUAACAAUCAACAGCCAUCAGGUCAACAGAUCCGCAUGCUCGGCCAGCAAAUUCAAUUGGCAAUUCACAGUGGCUUUAUAUCCAAUCAAAUUUUGAAUCAGCCGUUGACUCAAACAACCCUGAACCUCCUUAAUCAACUUCUUAUAAAUAUAAAGAACCUCCAGGCAGCACAGUCAUCUCUUUCGCGCGGCGGUAAUGCGAAUCCGAUGGCCGUUAAUGUGGCUAUCGCCAAGUACAAGCAACAAAUACAAACUCUUCAAAACCAAAUUAAUGCACAACAAGCUGUCUAUAUUAAGCAACAGCAGCAGCAACAGAACCUGCAGCCGAAUUCGCAGCAGCAGCAACCACCACAUCCAUCCGCACACCUUAAUAGCUCUGGCAACGACUAUUUGAGGGGUCAUGAUGCGAUUGCCAACUUGCCGGGCAACUUCUCUGAACUCAAUCUGAAUAAGCCAACAUAUACCCAAGGGGCGUCCAAUCAGCAAUCCCGUUUGAAUCAGUGGAAGCUUCCAGUAUUAGAAAAGGAUAUAGCUGCUGACAGUACGGACUUUUCUCGCGCUCCAGGUGCAACUAAACAAAAUUUAUCAAGCAACUCAAACAAUAUGGGGCCGCUGGGCCUUCAAAAUGAUGGUACGUGGUCAACAGGGCGCAAUAUUGGAGACGGUUGGCCGGAUCCAUCAGAUAACGAGAAUAAAGACUGGUCAGUUGCUCAGCCAUCAACAGCAUCGGCAUCAUCUGCAGCGGCAACUGCUUACACGGACCUCGUCCAAGAAUUUGAGCCAGGAAAACCGUGGAAGGGUUCUCAGAUUAAGAGCAUAGAGGACGACCCUAGCAUAACUCCUGGCAGUGUUGCCAGAUCUCCAUUGUCCAUUAAUUCGACGCCAAAAGAUGCUGAUAUUUUUGCCAAUACCGGCAAGAGCUCACCGACUGAUCUGCCGCCACUAAGUCUUUCAUCGUCAACGUGGAGUUUUAAUCCAAAUCAGAACUUUCCAAGUUGGUCGGACAACAGUCAACAGUGUGCCACCUCGGAACUGUGGACAAGCCCACUUAACAAAACUGCUUCACGGGGCCCGCCUCCUGGGUUGACUUCCAAUGCCAACAAAUCUAUUACGGGAGGGCCCACAGGACCUGGUAGUGGCACAGCCACUUCAUCAUCCACAGGUCCCGGCAACGCCAACGGCUGGCUUUCGUCCCGAGGUGUUUCUGUCUCAACUACAAAUACAACAUGGACUGGAGGUAAUACUUCUUGGAGCUCUAGUUGGUUGCUUCUGAAAAAUCUUACAGCGCAGAUUGACGGUCCAACCCUACGUACCUUGUGUAUGCAGCACGGCCCCCUUGUCAGUUUUCACCUAUACCUAAACCAAGGAAUUGCCUUAUGUAAAUAUGCCACGCGAGAAGAGUCGAAUAAAGCGCAGAUGACCUUGAACAAUUGUGUACUUGGUAAUACAACAAUAUUUGCUGAAUCGCCAAAUGAAGCCGAGGUGCAAAACAUUCUCCAACACUUGCCUCAAACUCCAACCUCUGGAAAUUCGGGGCAUACGCCGAGUGGAGGAGGAGGACCCAGUACCGGUAAUGGCAGCAGCGUUGGUGGGGCAAGUAGUGCCAGCAGCUCUGGUGCUAGUGUAUCUGGAAGUAGCAAUGGAAACGGUGGCAAUGCCAGCAACGGCAACAAUGGAAACGGAGGAGGAAAUGGUGGUGGCGGUGGCAACGGUAGCAACAAUCCAAAUACAAGUGUGGCCAAUACGAAUCUACUCAGCACAAGCACUGGCUCUGGGUCCGGCUCGUCCAAUAAUUCUGGUGGUAGCAACACCACAGCCGGAGUCGGGAGUGGUAGCAGUGCAGCAGGGAGCAGCAGUUCCCUAAAUGGCGGCGCAUCCGGAAACGGUACGGGUGGCAAAAACACCUCAGCGAAUAAUGCUGUUGGCGUCCCCAAUAGCAACAACUCGACGUGGCGUCAGACAACGCAAAACCCAGCUCUGCAAGGGCAAAGUAGGCCAGCAGGCGGAAGGGAGGCAGCUGACUACGAUUAUAUAUCUCAAUUUGUUUGUUCCAUUGUUGAUGAUUAGUCUGAUGGCGAAUGGCGAUAAAGAUGAGGCAAGGGAGCAUGGCAUUAUUUGCUGUGACUUAAGACAAACUCACUCACACACAUACACACACACACCCCAUAAGCUUCAAAAUGAUUCAAUACAAAGUAUGUAUGGAAAGCAAGACCAUGUUGUGAAGUAUAUAAAGUGGAUCGACUGAUAGACGAAUGGACUUAGAAUUUUGUAUGCCCGUAGAUUUAUUUUUCUUCAUCGUUCAUAGAGUUAGGGUUGUAUAUGUAAGAUAAAAUUUAAAGAAAACAAAACUAUAAAACUAUAUAUAAAUAUAUGUAUUUAUGGUUAUAUAUAUAUUUAUAUAUAUAUAUAUACACAUAUAUAUAUAUAAAAGCUUCGAAAAUCGAAAUCGAGAAUACUUGAAUCGUAUACUAUAUACCAUACAUACGACGACGCAAACCUUCCUAUUGAAUGCAAGUGUUUAGACUCUGUGGCUCCCACAUGUCCAUAUCCAUUUGGAACUCGGGAAACAAGUUCUCAAUUAGAUGGUCCUCUUUUGCUUGCACUGCUAUUCAUGAGUUUUUUGUGUAUUUCUAUUUCCAAAAAGAGAAAAAAGUUGAACCUGUGUUAUAUACAUUAUAGGAAGUUAUAAUCUUUUUACGGUUUUGCUUUCACUAAAAGCAUUCCCACCGAAAUGAUUCGGUUAUACAUACAUAAUUAGAUCACAAUAAAAUAUCAAUGAAGUUAAUUAGAAAAUCGCCUUUAAAUUUUGAGAUCGCCGUACGCUUAUAACAAUGAAAAUAAAUUCAAGAUUUCUUCGGAUAUAUUCGUAUGUGUACCCCUGUAUCCUUAUGCCCUAAAAGUUUCAUUUAAUGCUAAGUGAAUUGGUGUUCGAAAUGAGUAAUGAUAAAUUGAUGACUCGAAAAUAAACAAAAAACAAAAUAUCAACGACA